UUUACUUUUAUUCUUUUAUUUUUCACAUAUUUCUCCGCAGACUGCCGUCCCCAAAAGGCCAAAACUCUCACACUACAUCUCUCUCUCCUCAUUCCUCAAUCAUCGUCUUCCUUAUGUCCCCUUUAUUUCCGUAACUCCAGCGCACUUUGGCUGUUGUUCGGAUUCAUGGAUAUAUUGUUGGUUGUUUGUUUCAUGAUUCCGGCAAUGUAAGAGAUUUCGACGACCUUUAAUUUUACCAAAGGAGAGUUUGAAGCUGCAACUUACAGUUGUGGAUUUAGGUUUUUUUUGUCAAGGAAACCGGGAAUCUAUUUACUAGGUGUUUCGGAUAAGGAUUAAUUCACCAGAUCAUAUGCAGCACCUUGGAGUUGGGUUGAUUUAUUUUAGAUUUUGAUUAAUGGAGGCUAAAUUUGGGGAAAAGUCCCAUCAUUACUAUGGGCCAGUCCCAGUCGUGUCCGAUUUGAAGGCUGUCGGCAAGAGAACAAUGGAAUGGGAUUUAAAUGACUGGAAAUGGGACGCUGAUCUGUUUACCGCCACUCCAUCGGAUUACAGUAGCAGACAAUUGUUUCCCGUUACUACAUCCGAACUUCAGACAAACACAGGUGCGUCUAACAGUUCUUCAUCUUGUUCUGUCGAAAUCAAUCUGCAAAAUCAGAAAGGGAAGAGGAGGGUUAUGGUCCUUGAUGAAGAAGAGGUAUGUGGUGAAGCUGGAGCUCUAAACCUCAAACUCGGUGCUGGUGGUCAAGUAUACCCCAUAACCGAAGACGAGGUUGAGAGAUGGGAGGGGAAGACUGGGAAGAAGACCAAAGUUGCUGGAACUACAUCCAAUCGUGCAGUUUGUCAAGUAGAUGAUUGUAGAACGGAUUUAAGCAAUGCUAAGGAUUAUCAUAGAAGGCAUAAAGUUUGUGAUUUGCAUUCUAAAGCCACCAAAGCACUGGUGUUGAAUGUUAUGCAGAGGUUUUGUCAACAGUGCAGCAGGUUUCAUGUUCUUCAGGAGUUUGAUGAAGGAAAAAGAAGCUGUCGCAGGCGUCUAGCUGGACAUAAUAGAAGGAGAAGGAAGACACAUCCUGAAAAUACAGUUAAUGGUGUGUCCUUGAAUGAUGAACAUGGGAGUAGUUACUUGCUCAUUAGUCUUUUGAGAAUACUCACCAAUAUCCACUCCAAUACCUCAGAUCAAAGGAGUGAGCAAGAUUUGGUCACUCAUCUACUGAAGAAUCUUGGCAACAUCAAUGCUAGCAACUUAUCUCGAUUAAUAACUGGAUCUCAAAAUUUCACGAAUGCUUCCACAUCCAUUCCAACCCUUGAGAAGGAGGCUUCACAGCCUUUAGAAUAUGAAACAAUGGAAAAUGGAGGAGCUUUACAAAUAACUGACCCCUCAAACAACAACAUCUCAUUCCAACCUAAAUCCAGUCCUAUGGAAGCUACUGUUGGAGUUGGAAGGAUGAAAUUUAACACCAUUGACCUUAACAAUGCUUAUGAUGAUUCUCAAGAUUGCAUGGAAACCUUUGAUACCUUUGAAAAUACAGACAAUGUCCCCAUGUGGUUACGUGGGGGGGACCCACACAAAUCAAGUCCACCUCAGACAUCAGGCUCCACAGCAACACAGUCACCAUCUAGCUCCAGUGGCGAGGCACAGAGUCGUACAGACAGGAUUGUAUUCAAGCUAUUUGGAAAAGAUCCAAACGAGUUGCCUGUUCUCCUCAGAAACCAGAUUCUUGAUUGGUUGUCACAAAGUCCAAGUGAUAUUGAAGGUUAUAUCAAGCCCGGAUGCAUCAUAUUAUCUAUUUAUCUUCGAAUGGAUAAUUCCUCUUGGGAUGAGCUUUGCUAUGAUUUAAGCAGUAAUUUGAGGAAGCUUCUGGAAGCAUCUAGCGAUUCUUUUUGGAGAACAGGAUGGAUUUACACUAGGGUGUUGGAUCAUGUUGCAUUUGCAUGCGAUGGCCAGAUUGUUCUGAACACAUCUUUACCUCAUAAUAAAAACUCAACCAUUUUGAGUGUUAAACCCAUAGCAGUUUCUUUCUCUGAAACUGCUCAAUUUUCAGUCAAAGGCUUUAGCUUUUCAUGGUCAACAUCAAGGUUGACUUGUGCCCUAGAAGGCAGUUACCUUAUCCAAACAAAUUGCUCAGAUGUAAUGGACGGUGGAGAUUCGUCGAUCAGGCACGACCACCACCUCCAGUCUCUAACCUUCUCCUGCUCUAUACCUAACAUCCAUGGUAGAGGCUUCAUUGAGAUCGAGGAUGACAGUCUGAGCAGCAGUUUCUUUCCAUUUAUAGUUGCGGAAGAAGACGUGUGUUCAGAAAUCCGUACACUAGAAACCGAUAUAGAUGAUUCAAAAUUAGAAGCAAGAAAUCAAGCACUAGAUUUUAUAAAUGAAAUGGGUUGGCUUCUACAUCGAAGCCAAUUAAAAUCAAGAUUAUCAUCAUCCAUGGAUCCAAAUUCAGAUCCUUUUUCGUUUGACCGAUUCAGAUGGCUCAUAGAGUUUUCAGUUGACCAUGACUGGUGUCAUGUGGUCAACAAACUAUUGACCCUAAUCUUCAAGGGUAUAACAGUAAUAAACCACACUUCAGUUGAAACCGCCUUGAUGGACAUCGGUUUACUCCAUCGAGCUGUGAGAAGAAAUUCAAGACCCAUGGUUGACUUUCUGUUGAACUUCCGUGGGCCCGGGCCCGGGGCCGUUUUCUUUAAACCUGACGCGGUGGGGCCCGCUGGUUUGACACCUCUUCAUAUUGCAGCUGGUAAAGAUGGGUCUGAGGAUGUGCUCGAUGCAUUAACAAAUGAUCCUCAAAUGGUGGGGGUUGAAGCAUGGAGAAAAAGUCAUGACAGUAGUGGCUUAACACCUUAUGAUUACGCGUCCCUUAGAGGCCAUUACCCUUACAUUCAUUUGGUUCAAAGAAAGAUGAAUAAAAACAAGGGACAUGUGGUGGUUGAUAUUCCUUUAAAAACAAAGGUGAAGGAGGGGGCAGAAUUGUCAUUGUCAUUUAAGGGAUUUGAAAUGGAAAAGGAAAAGGAAAAGGAAAAGGCAUUGGUGUUUAAGGGAAGGUGUAAUGCGUGUGAAGGGAAGUUGGGGUAUUAUGGUGGGGUGAGAUCCUCGCUGGCGAUAUAUAAGCCAGCGAUGCUGUCCAUGGUGGCGAUUGCUGCGGUUUGUGUGUGUGUGGCGUUGCUUUUUAAGAGUUCGCCCCAAGUUAUGUUUGUGUUCCAGCCUUUUAUUUGGGAAAGGCUCAAGUAUGGGGCAAGUUAA